AUGUUGUUAACACGUUCAAUUUCAUUUUUAAUUUUCUCACUAAGGGACGAGUUGGCAGACACAGUAGGCUUAGCAGGCAAAGGAGCCGAGGCGCCAGACGAGGCGACAGUAGAAGAAGUAAGGGAAGUGAAGGGUGACAAGUCACAAGUUAUUAUUGUGGUUUAUAAAAAUCAUAGCGGUAUUAUGGCGAGGUGA